AUGGGUCGUGAAUCAAAAUAUAAUUUCGUACGAUUAUUGGACACUUUAGUUAAAUUGCCAAUGAAUUCGAGACAGCAAAUGGACCCACCAGGCCGGAGGCCGGAAAUCGAAACUUUGGAAGACCCUCCAUUGAAUUGGGGCCCAAAUCCGAGUGUGGACAGUUCGAUCGUCCCUUUGGAAGCGAAGUUGGAGACUCCGUUUUUCUUAAACUUUGGAAGACAAAGUACGGGAUGUACGUGUGAAGCAGCCAUCGUUAACAAUAUUGGAACAUGCGAAACCACUUGUCUCACAACGGAGACGCAAUGUGGCCAAAUCUGUACACGCACCACCGUUUAUUCUGGUUUAACUGAACUCGGGUUUGCACCGAAAGCGUAUCAGUUCUCACGGUUUGAUGAAAAAGCUUGUGAGAAGCUCGAAAUCGAUUGCAUCACGUCGUCUUUGUUAUCAAAAGCAAGCAGUUCGUAUGCAGUUGCAGGGACUGCAAGUGUCGCAGCCAAUAUCGCCCUAUCGGCCGGAAUAGCAGCCGGAAUUGCUGCGUUGGUAUUAGCUGCCAAAGGUAAAGAAAAUGGAGAUCAUUACGAUGACAUUGAAGAUGCCUACGAAACACAAGAGGAGUACUUACAAAGCUACGCAAGGCGAUUGGUCAAAAAAACCACUGAAGAAGGCGGGAGCGAAGAUGUAAAACAAUCGCUAUCAGAAGAAGCAAAUGUUCAAGGAUCUAUUGUUUCCUUAGAAAAUGAUUUGAAUGUACCGCAUUUCUUGCGUGUUGGUAGACAAGCUAGCUGCCAAUGUAACGCGUUAGGGAUAAUUUCAGGAUGCACAACUGAAUGUCUAUCGUAUUCACAGUUAUGUAAUGGGAAGGUUUGUACUGUGACUACCAGCGUAAUUUCUUAUCCGUUCAAUGGCAACAUCCGCGACUUUAUAGUGACUGAUUACAAAGAUUGUAACGCAGUCGCAAAUCUAUGUACUUUGUCGUCCGUGAUGUCCUCCUUAAUUUCCGCUGCGAACGCAAGAUCCAAUGCGAUUGCAUUGAAUGCAGGAAUUGCUGGAGUCUUAUCGGCUGGAUUGGCUGGUGGGAAUAUUGCAGCAGUGGCCAAUUCCGAUAGCCAACAAACUAAUAAUAACGUCGAUAAUCAACAAAUCAGUGAUAACAGUAACACUCAAGUACCACAGCCUGGCAAUCAAACCCCUACGAACGAUUUAACCUCACCAGUGCCCGGAUCGGAUUUUCCACAUGAUGGCAGUGGACCUAAUUCAAUUCAGUUUGAUGACGGAAAUAGCUAUCCACUUUUAUCUAGAGGUCCCUGCAAUGGCACGAAUUUCUGGGUCACAGUGAAUCCUGUUACCUUAAAGGGAGGAUGUACUCCAAAACUAUGUCAAGACAGACGUGUGUUUGUGGGUCGCACAGGACUUUGCCACGAUAUCAAUGAUCCUCUCGAAUGCCAAGGAGGCAGACGUCUCUAUUACACAGCAUAUGGAGAUCCCAUUUGUGAUUGUCCCAUUGGACAAUAUCCUUUUCCUAAUCCAAAAGACAAUUGUGUUGCACUAUUCUCCCGAGGUCCUUGCCCGGCUGAACAGGUGAUGACUAUAAGCCAAGGUGGACGAUUGUUCUGUACACCAGACGAGUGCCCAGUAAUCAACAGCGAAAACGAUUCACAGCAGCAGUGGGUGCCCAAUGACAGAGGCGGCUGUUUCGCCUUAGGAUCUACUGGACCAUGUUCAGCUUCUCAACUGCUGGGCUAUGACGUUUUUGAACGUCAGCUGGAGUGCGUCAACACCACGGAUCCAUUUUCACCCUAUUUUAUCCCAUCUCCCCAAGAAAGCGGGCUGAUCGAUAGAGCCCUGUUCGAUGCACGCUUGCAGCGCCAGUUUCACCCAGAAGAUAACGACCUUUAUUUUGGACUUAUUCAACAAGCUAAACGAGGCAUAAUUAAGAGCAGGAUCCAACGACAAGAUGUAAACACUGCAGGAAUAUUUGAAUUGCCAAGUUCUUUACCUGAUCCUCUUCUUCAACCUUGUCGGACUGGAGCUCGGCAGGGAGAAAAUUUCAAAUGCACCAAUCCUUUAAUAUCUGAUUCGUCGGGGGUGGGACAGAUCCUGCCUCCAGUCAAUCCCAAUUUUAGUUGCCCGGACAGCACAUUUUUGCAGGCAACUGGCCAAUGCAUCGAUGAUAGUCGUGCCACAAGCUGCGGGCCUUCGUUUCGGUUCAACGAAGCUACGGGACAAUGCCGAUCGGUUUUCUAGUUACCCAUCAGAAAUGUGGUGAGCCGAGUUGCUGCAGUAACAA